AUGAUCGCCUGCUUCUAUCGAUCGUUCGUUCUUCUUCUGAUCGUUUCGUUUCUAUUCUCAUCUUCCUAUGGACAUAAACAAUCAUCCAUUUAUUCCAUUAUAUUUAGUGAAGAUGAUCAGAGGCGCACAGAAACGAAAGAUGACGAUGACCAAUAUACCAGCGAAUCAAAAUAUGACCGGGCUUCAUAUCAACACGAACAAGCUGAAUUAGCGAAUAUUUAUGCACCCAAUCGGACUUAUAUCUCAAUGCACGAUGAUCGGAUUCAUCCAUCGAAUUUUACUUAUUUUACAUUUAAAAAUCGUGGGACUUAUCGAUUUAUUCUGAUAUCGUUACGUGGCGAUGCCGAUCUAUAUAUUUCAACUAGCCAUAAACAUGUAUCGUAUGAUAAUUACGAUUUUAGUUCAUGCACGUGUGGCAUAGAUGAGAUACUGAUCGAUCCCUACGUAAAACGACCCAUUUACAUUGGCAUCUACGGCUAUUCUCAAUAUCAAGUAAGUCAUUAUCGUUUACUUGUUGAAUUAGUCGACGCGACAAUUCCACUGGAUGAUCUACACGAUGACCCAACUACAGCAGAUCAAGAUACAACACAAAAGAAUCAAAAGACUUCACGAGUUACUAGUGAAAGCAGAGAUGAUGAGCAACAUUUACUGUGGAAUAUUCUCGUAUGGAUACUGAAUGUUCUCUUCGAAGUAUUAACUUGA